AUGCUCUCCUUGAGGGAGCAGGUGAUCGUCGCUGGGGACUUCAAUAGCAAACAUGGUGCCUGCAACUCCAGGAUCACCAAUGCCGCCGGACCCUGCCUGCUCAGGGUAGCAGAACGUCACCACGCGCUUGUUGUUGGGCCGUACGACCCGACUAUCUUCCCUGCUCAUGGCCAACCGGAUAAAAUAGACAUUGCAGUCGUCAAGGGCAUCCCACAUCAGAUAACUACCACGAUGAGGACGGCACUAUCUUCUGAUCAUGUCCCAGUGGUUUUUGACGUUGAUCUGGACGCCCUACAACAGCCCAGGAGAGGCAUCUCGCUUGCUGGCAUCAACUGGGACAGGUUUCAAGCAGCUGUGACGGACUCACUCGCCGCCGCCCCGCCCCCUGCGGACGCUGGAGCGGACGCAGCACUUCUGCACUUCGCAGCAACCACGAUAGACGCAGCCAAAGCAGAAACGCCGCCCCUACCACGAACUCCGCCUGACUACUCCCGACAACUGCCCCCGAACAUCACUGAGAAGAACCGGGUCAGCCGGCCAGAAGAGUGGCAGAGGACAAGAAAUGCCAACACCAAGCACCUCCUCAACAGGAUGCAUCGAGACAUCCGGGCCGCCAUUGACAACCAUUGCCAUCGUGACUGGAAUAACAAGGUCGCCACCCAGUGCCUUGACAAUGGCACGGCCUGGCGAACGACGAAGAGUUUCCUACGCCGCACACAAUGUAUCCCUCCACUGAUAGUCAAUGGUCAGGCUGUCUGCCAACCAGCUGCGAAAGUGGAUGGCCUAGCAGACGUCUUUGAGGCUGCGUUUACGUCGAUAGAAGACCCGACCAAUGCUGUACAAAACGACCUGGUUGCUGACCGGCUCCCGCGCUACUCGGAGGCACGCGACGACGAUGACGUCAUUGAAGAGACGACGGCGGAAGAGGUGUCGUCCAUACUGCGCGAUCUGAACCCCAGGAAAGCUGGAGACAAGAAGAGAAAGCCACCAUUGCAGAAGGAGAGCUCUUCCUUUCCAUUUUCAGUUUUGGCUGCCGUCAGCAGACUGCAGAAUGAAGUUCCUGCUCUUGUUCCUGAGUACACUGCAGGAUCACCAGAACGUAGUCAGACAUCCUCUGAAAGUGAGGAACUGAAGACGAAGUGUGAACACCUCAUAAGAAAAACUGAUCAGUACAAAAAACAAAUUAAAACUCUUCAGCAGUCUAAGCGAUGA